UUUUUUAAAAAAAUUAUUCAAUUGGAAAGAAACUAGGAUUAAAAUGUUUAAAUUGUUAUUUCUUCUAGAUAAUCAAACCAAAGGAAAAGAGCUUUUAUUACAUCAAUCCUCUAGACGAAAUCUUAUCUUCAAUAAAAAAAGAAGAAAUAAAAUGGAAUUUGCUGAAAACUUUAUGAAUGGAGAAGAGUUGACAAUGUCCUUUCCAUUAGAAGAAGUAGUUCUAUAUCGAAACAAAGUGGUGCACUAUCUUAUAGAUAGAGGAGGUCAACAUAAUUGGAAAGAUGUUUUGUGUCGCAUAUGCGGUAAUGCAAAAGGACCGAAAAAAUAUAAAAUACAAAUAAUAGAUAAAUGGAUUAAGUGUGAUAAAUGCUUACCAAGUCGAUGGUAUCACAUGGACUGCACUCCAAAUGUAACAGAAAGCAGCAAAUCAUUUACCUGCACAAACCUUUCUCAAAACAAUCAAUUAAAUUAAAUAAUAACAGUUAAAAUAAAGAACCAUAAUUAAAACAUUAAAUAAAAAUUUUUUA